AUGGUUGCUACGUCCAGUUCACCGCGAACGAUCGAAGGCUAUGAAGUCGGGGAAAUCCCGGCCCAGGCAGCUUUCACUACCGAGAUCAACAUCGCCGGCCUAGGCGCGUCCGUUCAGGACGUCAUCAAUAUGCAGUACCCGGACAGCCAAGCCAUGAUGAAGCGCCCGGGGAUGUACAUCAAGUAUCUCCCGUACCAGUACGACGAAACUACGGGCCAGUUCCUCACCGGCGGUGCUUACCUGUUCGACACCUGGGAGCAUGCGCAAGACUACGGCCGCUGGACGACAGACGAGUACGAAGUCGGGGAGCCCAAGACCAAGUUCUGGGACCAGCCCGCCUUUGAGUCUACUGCCCGCCUCCCGUGGAAAGUCGUCGGAGCUUGCAACUUCGCGCCCGUCGGCGAGCACGCGAUUGGGAGGUUCACUCGCUGGAAGUACGCCGGCGACGAUGCAGAGGCGGCCUUGCGGGAGAUGUAUACCCGGCUGAGGGAUGCAUCCAAAGCCCAGGGAGCAGUCGCGUUUUGGCUUCUGCAUCACCCGCAGGAGCAGCGGAUCGGCGUUCAGCUGGCCUACCGCGGACUCGGCGAGAACGUCCCGCUUGGGCAGAGCGUUGCGUCUGCUCGUCAACACCAACACCCGGUUCGGAGCUUUUUCGACGCCAAGUUGGCAACGCGAGUCGAGUUCGACCGUGGUCACAACAUUCUAUCAUACUCUGGUUCGAAGACGCUACGUAGUUCAUACAAACCAACACACUGGUUUCCUGAGGUUGCCUGGGGUUGCCUAGGAUUGGCACGCGGUGCGUAUUGUGAUUGGGCCAUCGCACUUUCAUGUUGGUCGGCUGGAAACGCCGUCCUCGCAUGCUUGCCGGCACAAUCAGGCAGCCCCCGAUUGAGGAGCAUUCGACGCGUAACACCAGAUGAUUUCAGGAUAGAAGUUGUCUUCUUGUGGCAGAUAUGCAUCGGAACUUUCGAGUCUCACUACAGAACCGAGUAUUUAGUUUCUUCUGCAUCUGCAUAUUUCACGACCCAAGUUUUGGCUCCAUCUUUCUUGAUGGGAAACUGCCUCAGUAGCCCGAGUGACGGUGCCCGCAAAAGCAGCGGUCAUAGGGUCUCUUCCCACGAGUUACGCAGCUACGAACCUAUCCAGUAUCAAUCCGACAGAACGGAGGCUCGUGGCCUACCAGUCCAAUGCGUUCAUUUCGUCGCUCACACUCUACUUGCCAACGGUGGGAACCACUGGAUCAUGUUUCUCCAAGCCAGCCCGGGCAGGUCCGUUCAGAUCAACAUGGAGCCUUCGGAAGUGCGUGGCGCUCCGGCACCUGGUCAUGGGUACCGUGGCGUCAUGCAAGUCAGUGCCCGGGAAAUUGGCGUCAGCGAGGACCGACAUCAAAUUGUGACAAUUCCGACAACACGGGGGCGCGCGGUGGCUGACUUCAUCGAUGCUAUUGUUGCCGCCGGUCAUCACGAAUACGACUUCACCACGGAAGGCAGGGGCUGCACCGGUUGGAUGCUCGAUCAGUAUCGUUUGUUUCUACAAAACGGCCUGAUCCGAUCCGGUUUCGAUGUGAUUGAGAGAAUAAUUGGGCUGGCAUGGGUGGAGGGACAACCGAUCUCCGAACGAGCCGUUACUCAUGGAUUCUAUAUGAGAAAUACCCGUGGCGGAGGGUGGAGUCAACAAGCUCGUGGUCGUAGUGGUGGCAACAGAGCCAACUAG